AGAGAGAGAGGGAAAUGGGUGGACGGAAAGUCCCCGUGUGGAAAUCCCCCCCUUUUUUUUAAAACUAUCUCCAGCGGACGUGUGUACUCUUCUGAAAGGCGUCGAGAGCUGCGAAGGCUCCAAAACAGAUUCUGAUACUGAAGGGAAGAGAAGGUUUGAAUGGCGCCGAGGACCGCUGCGGUGAGGCUGAGUGAAGUGGCUGAGAGAGGACUAGCCUGAGCAUCCGGGAGAGGGCUUUGUUAUUACCCCGACAUAUUACACAGUUUCCACGUUGUUUGGUCAGCGGUGGUUGGUGCCUCCUCCUCCUCGUUCCUCUUCCUCCCCUCCUUCCACCCACCUGGCCACACAUCCGCCAUGUCGCAGGGUCAGAACUUCCUCCCCAAAUUCCUGUUUGUCUCCAACCUGCUCAAAGCGGUGAAGAUCCGCCAGCGAGUGCCCAACGACGUGGUUAAGCCGGCCACCAGUGGCGGGCUGAUGCACCACCUGCGGGGGAUGCACCGGUACACACUGGAGAUGAUCGCCAUGAACCACUUCCCACAGGCCUUCAGGGAGGUGGUGCAGGCCGCCAUCCUGGACCGAGCCAUGCAGGCGUCGCUGGAGCAGGAGAAGAAGUUGAAUUGGUGUCGGGAGGUGAAGAAGAUGGUGCCCUUACGUACAAAUGGAGAUGGGAACUGUUUGCUCCAUGCGGCCUCUCAGUACAUGCUGGGCGUUCAGGACACAGACCUGGUGCUUCGGAAAGCCCUCCAUGGUGUUUUGAAAGAGACGGACACUGGUGUCUUUAGAGCCCGCUUCCAGGCAGAGCUGCUGGGGUCCCAAGAGUUCACCCAGACUGGACUUCGAUACACCACCAUGAACUGGGAGGAGGAGUGGGAAAAGAUUGUGAAGAUGGCGUCUCCUGUCUCCAGUAGCAACGGCCUCCAGUUUGAUUCUCUGGAGGACAUCCACAUCUUUGUCCUCUCCAAUAUUCUCCGGAGACCCAUCAUCGUCAUCGCAGACCAGGUGGUCAGGAGUAUGAAAUCUGGUUCCUCCAUCUCUCCUCUGAAUGUGGGCGGGAUUUAUCUGCCGCUACACUGGCUGCCCACAGAGUGCUACAAAUACCCGAUAGUGCUCGGCUAUGACUCCCAGCACUUUGCACCCCUCAUCACCAUCAAAGACAGUGGUCCAGAGAUCCGAGCAGUACCGCUGAUCAACCCAGGACGGGGAGGCUUUGAGGAGCUAAAGGUUCACUUCCUGAUGGAGAAAGAACAGCAGCAGAAAGAGAGACUUCUCAAAGACUACCUGCUGCUGAUAGAGAUUCCCGUCAUAGGCUUGGGCUACGACGCCACACGAAUCAUCAAUGCUGCACGGUUGGAUGAAGGCAACCUCCCUGAGGACAUGAACCUGAUGGAGGACUACCUGCAACUCGUCAACCAUGAGUACCAGCGCUGGCAGGAGGACAAGGAGCAGGCAUGGGCUGCCCAGCCGCAACGCCCGCCACCCUUCUCCGUCUCCCAGCUCUCCCUCAUUGAGAUCCGCUGUGCCACACCACGAUGCACCUUUUACGUCUCCGUAGACACGCAGCCUCAUUGCCAUGAAUGCUUUGAGAAGCGACAGGCCACUACAGGUGGAGGAGCGAGGAUAGAAGGGGUGGUGCAGACUAAGGGAGGAGGGGUGCAAGGUGGGGUAGGAGUGAUAGGGGGAUCAGAGACUGAGGUGAGCUCCAGAGGAGCACGAAGCAGCAGCCCCCCAUCCUCCUCGUCUGGGAGAGGGGUGGUGUUAUCCAGCCCCCGAUCUGCUCCACCCACUGCUCCCAGCCUCAGCCUGUACAGUGAAACUCAUGCCAUGAAGUGCAAGACACCUGGCUGCCUCUUCACCCUAAGCGUGGAGCAUGAUGGACUUUGUGAGCGCUGUUUCAACUCCAGGCAGAACCACGGGCCCCCUGGAGCUGGAACGGCUGCUACAGGACUCCCUGGCCCCAAUGGAGGGCCUAUAGUCCCCCAUCCGGCCCAGGGCUCCGGCUGGACCCAGUGGGGGGGCCGUGAGACAGAGACGGAGCGCUGCAGCAUGUGCAGACAGGAGGUGUUCAGGAUAUUCAAUGGCCUGUGUCCUCCCUGCAUGCAGAGACAGCAGGCUCCAGAGAGGGGAGAGCCACAGCAGAACAACACCAGGACUGAGGCAUCGUCUUCAGCUUGGAGCCAGGCCAGGGAUGCUGAGCGACCGUGCCUCACCCUAACCCCAGGGCACACCUCAGCCUGGCAAGCUCCUCUGGCCCGCCCUUGUAAAAGAUCUGGCUGCCAGUUCUUUGGGACGCCAGAGAAGCUGGGUUUCUGCACUAUUUGCUACGUAGACUAUCAGACCAACCACCACCUGACCCCUCCCCCUGCCCCGGUCCAGAGCCGGCAUGGUUUGGAGGCAGGCUUCCAGAAUGCCUCGCGGUGUCGUGGGCCUGGGUGUGGCGCGGUAGGCAAAGCAAUGCUGGAGGGCUACUGCGACAAGUGCUACGUCAAAGAGCAAAGCGCACGGCUCAACCAAGUGGCACAUCGCACACCACACUCCCCUCCUCCUGUCAUGCGUGACCGAGCAGUCAAACCCAGAUCUUCGCAGCAAUCCCAGACCCAGACCCAGACCCAGACUCAGUGCCGGCGGAGUGGCUGCAGCAAUGUGUCCCCGGGUUGCACAGACCUCUGCCCGGAGUGCCACACGCGUGGCCAGGGCAGAGAGGCGGGCAGACGGGCGCAGGCGCCCAAGGAAAAGUCCAAGCAGCGGUGUCGGACGCAGGGCUGUGACCACUACGCCAACCAAGAGAAACAGGGCUACUGCAACGAGUGUGACCACUUCAAACAGAUUUACCGCGGCUGACCACAUUCGCACCCACGCACGCAAAAACGAUGAAGACACAUCGCUAGCACGCUAGAGCCGCUGCCCUGCUGUGGGCGCCCCAUGCCAGUCAAUGCACCUCUGAUACUAACUAACCAACUAACUAACUAGCUAGUGAGUAACUAGUAACCUUAUGGCCUGAAAAUCAAACCCCCCAUGUAGAAUGUGAAGAGAGAGUGUGUGUAUGUGGGGGGGAGGGGGGUGAGUGUAUGUAUGUGUGCGUGUAUGUGCGUGCGUGUGUUCACAGUAGACAUGGCCUCCAGAAUACCUCUUUGUGCAAUUAUUAUCAUCUGAUGUGCCCUGUGCACUUACACGGUGAGAGGUUUGGCUACAUGUCAGAGCAACUGACUUAACUCUUGUGUACAAUAUGUAUUUAGAGGUACGCAGUGAAUCGUGCCGGACAAAAUGAUUGUAUGUUGACAUAACAAGAAGCAUCUGACAUUGCUUUCUAGACCACAGCCAAGGAUUUAUACCCCCCGUCUGUCUGUCUGUCUGUCUGUCUUAACCCAUCUGUGUAUCUGUCUGCCUGUCUGUCUAGCAUUUGCUCUGCAGAGUGAGGGAUGCAGUGGUUGGGGGAGCCCAAUGAGGAAAUCUGUGGAAGUAAUAAACAGAAGUGAAACGAACUGGGCCACAGCAAAGCAAGUGAAGUGGUGGAAAUGAAAUGAAAUGCUAUCCACCAUCGUGUAGCUUAGUUCUACAAAAACAACUGUGUAUCCAAAUAUAGACAAAGAAAGGCUCUUGCAAUCAAAUUAUCAAGAGUUGAUUUUCUUCCAUUUUCCAUUUGAGGCAACUUGACCUCGCUAUUGUUGUUAAUCUGUUAUAUAAAGUGAACAUUAUGACCUUCUAGAUAUGGAAAGUGAGGACAGACCAUGUGUCUGAACAGUGCAAGACAGACAGGGCAGGCCCCUGCUAGUUUUGGUGCUACAUGUACAGAAAUACAAGCCUCUCCAUUGUAGCCAACAUGCUGGCGGUGUCAGCGGACAGAAGGCAGAGAAGACAGUAGAGACAGGACUCAUUCUCUUUCUAUUCCUCCUGUCCUUCCUCUUAUUCCCCCCCCCCCCCCCACCUCUCCUCCAAAACAGAUCUGUUGCCUUGGACGUUGUUUUCCUGUUUACUGAUCACUUAAGCACCUAGAAAUGCAUAGACACAUACCUACACAUGCGCACACAAAUGUAGUAGCUGCAGUUCUGUCAGAAAGGGGAUUGCCAACGAAAGAGAGAACUGAAAAUGAGUGAUUAUCGACCUUACCACAUGCACACAUAAUGCACACACAUGCACAUGGAAACACGGCUCUGUGAGAUUGUAUGCGCCCCACCCCAGCCUGAGGUGACGUGUAGGUGAACACACCUGUAGAGAAAUGCAUUCCUCUCUGCUCCACCCCACUGGAUGUGCCAAGGUGACAAUUUCAAAACUUCAGAGAGCAAUCCCAUUGCCUGCUUUGGCUAAUCUUGUUUAUCUGAAUGUGUUUUGUGCUGUUGCUACAGCAGCACAGUAUUGGGGCUGAUCCUCGAUAAGUUUUGCCUUUAAGUAGUGAUUGAAAUUUUAUGGACCAGAGGAGCCUGAUCAGUGAUCCUGGAUCAGUGCUCCCAACCUAUAAAAUGCUUUUGUGAAUAUGGAUCUUGGUCCAUAUUGUAGGACCUUCCAACCCGAUGCCUCAUCUCCAACACACACACACAAACACACAAAACGCACGCAUAUGUGCGUCUGGAAUACGCAAAACUGACAUUCCUGUUUUAUUUUCUAAUUUGUUUUGGGAUUUUUUAAUGUAUUUUGAUAUAUUUGGUUUUGUUUCUGCCAAAAAAAAAAAAAAAAAAUACAUGUGCCAUCAAUCGCCAAACAGUUGUUGUUACCUCCUUAAAAAUGGCCAGCCUGGAUCACUCUAAACUAACUAGCAUGCCACAGAUAGACAUCUUCGAUUUCGUGUAAUCACAGGCGAGAGCUUAUCAAGCGCUCUCAUGUGGAAAAUCCCCAAAUGGGCAGUGUCUUUUUAUGAGUACAUAUAACGUCCAAAUACUAAGAAAUAUUUAACCAUGGAGAGAACCUCAAGCAUAAAACAGUUAUCAGACAAACUCAAACGUGAUAUCAACUGGAAGAGUUAUUCCCCUUAAACUUCUGCUAUAGGCAGAUGUCCAUCUGUGGCUCUGGUUAGAAAAGCAUAGACAAACAGGCUCUCGGUCUGCCUUUUCAUUCAACUGUAUCUUAAGCUGUCGGGCCAGCCCACGUGUUGACGGCCUGUACGUAGAUCUCUGUGUGCUUUAAUCACCUCUAGACAAACCUUAAUCAAUUAAAGGCCAAUUAGUGGUCAGCUCGUCAGAGCCUCUUAAAAAUGCUUUCGGGGCGUUGGCAGAGUUUGACAGGGAGGAGAUCACAUAAGUUGCACAUGACUUGUCUAAGCUGCUGAGGCAUUUAGGAAUGGUACUCCGACUCGCUUAGGGACAUUCCAACAGUAGGAAGAGCAUCCGCUUAAGAGCAGAAGGUGUAACAAAACAUGCAAACUGUGUGGAAGUUUCUUUGUGUGACCUUUUUCGACAAUAGGGUAUUGUAUGAAAAAAAGCCUGGUUUUAUUUGUUAAGUAUUUAUUCAUAUCAAGAUAUCUGUAUUGUGUGAUUCAAUAAUUAUUUAUAUGUCGUCCUGAAAUGAAUUAUUUUUAUUAAGAAAUCUGAAA